UUGUUUGACGGUCGCACCGCACAUCCAUUCUCCUCGGGCGGGUUGCGGCUUGUAAACCUACAGGCGACAACAAUCCUCCGGGGUCGUCAGUAUUGUUAUUAAAGUCGACCUUAAUGCCCGGUUGGUAUGUCGGACACAUGGAGCAACAUCCAGGCGCACAAGAAGCAGCUGGAUUCCCUGCGGGAGAGGGUUCAGAGGCGGCGGAAGGAUCCGGGGCAGCUCGGCGCAGGAGGCGAGGCCGGAGCGAGCGCUGAGGGGGCGGCGGCGCGCUGCGACAGUCCCGCGCCCGCCGCGCCCUGCCCCCCCGGGGGGGGGAGCCAGCGGCCGCCGGACCCCGAGCUGGAGAAGAGGCUCCUGGGAUACCUGUCGGACCUCAGCCUGUCCCUGCCCACAGAGUCCCUGUCCAUCACCGCCGACCUCAGCAGUGCCGACGCCCCGGUCACCCACAGCUGCAUCCAGAGCCUGCUCCUCAAGUUCUCCGCCCAGGAGCUGAUCGAGGUGCGCCAGCCCUCGCAGGCCUCCUCCUCCUCCUCCUCCACUUCCUCCACCCCCUCCUCCACGCUGGUCGUCUCGGUGGACCACACCAAGCUCUGGGCCAUGACGGGGCCGGCGGGCGCCGCCCAGCGCGCCGGCGGCGUGAAGAGGAAGGCCGAGGACCCGGCGCACCACAAGCGCCCCCCCGGCUCCUCGCCGGCGCUCCCGGCCCCCCCCUCGCCGCCGCACACCUCCUCCAUCUCCCUGGCCCCCGCCCCCUCCUCGCUGCAGAUGGCGGGCGGCUCCUCGGGGGGCGUGGCGGACAAGAAGAGCCGGGCGGGGAAGGGGCCGUCGUCCCACCUGGACAUGGAGAUCGAGAGCCUGCUGAACCAGCAGUCCACCAAGGAGCAGCAGAGCAAGAAGGUAAGCAGGGAGAUCCUGGAGCUGCUGAACACCAGCACAGCCAAGGAGCAGUCCAUCGUGGAGAAGUUCCGGUCCCGCGGCCGCGCCCAGGUCCAAGAGUUCUGCGACUUCGGGACCAAGGAGGAGUGCAUGCGCUCCGGCUACGCCCCCCAGCCCUGCACCAAGCUGCACUUCCGGCGUAUCAUCAACAAGCACACUGACGAGAGUCUGGGAGACUGCUCCUUCCUCAACACCUGCUUCCACAUGGACACCUGCAAGUACGUCCACUACGAGAUCGACAGCCCCCCCGAGGCGGAGGGUGGCCUGCUGGGGCCCCAGGGCGGGGCCGCCGAGCUGGGCCUGCACCCCGACGACGCCGACAGCAACGUGGGCAAGCUGUUCCCCUCGCAGUGGAUCUGCUGUGACAUCCGCUACCUGGACGUGUCCAUCCUGGGUAAGUUUGCGGUGGUGAUGGCGGACCCCCCCUGGGACAUCCACAUGGAGCUGCCCUACGGCACGCUGACCGACGACGAGAUGAGGAAGCUGCACAUCCCCCUGCUGCAGGACGACGGCUUCCUCUUCCUCUGGGUCACCGGCAGGGCGAUGGAGCUAGGGCGGGAGUGUCUCAGCCUCUGGGGCUACGACCGCGUGGAUGAGAUCAUCUGGGUGAAGACCAAUCAGCUGCAGAGGAUCAUCAGAACAGGAAGGACCGGCCAUUGGCUGAACCACGGCAAGGAGCACUGUCUGGUGGGCGUUAAGGGGAGCCCCCAGGGCUUCAACCGAGGGCUGGACUGUGAUGUCAUCGUGGCCGAGGUGCGCUCCACCAGCCACAAGCCAGACGAGAUCUACGGGAUGAUCGAGAGGCUGUCCCCGGGGACCCGCAAGAUCGAGCUGUUCGGCCGGCCCCACAACGUUCAGCCCAACUGGGUAACCCUCGGCAACCAGCUGGACGGUAUCCACCUGCUGGACCCCGACGUGGUCGCCCGCUUCAAGAAGCGCUACCCCGACGGCGUCAUCUCCAAGCCCAAGAACAUGCUGUGAUGUCCCGCCCCUGCAGCUGUCAAUCAACCGGAGGUAGUGUGCACUCGGUUGCCCGUGGCAACCAUCGGACCAUGACGCAAGCAGGCGUCCUUUUUCUUUUUUUUGUAUUUUUUCAUUUUGUCUCUUGAUUCUUUUUGUUGUUUUUUUAUACAAUGACAUCCUAUUUUUUAAAUAAAUGGUAGUAGAAAGAUG